CAAGCCAUAAUGUCUUCCGCGAUUCAUCCUCAGUACUUCUGUACUCGUCCUAAUGGCACCUUCACCCCCCUUAUCGCUGUGGAUGAGCUCCCCUCGCACAUCUCGAUUCGUGGAGCUCCCCGUGUGCUAGCAGCCAGUGAGACGCAAGGAAUGACGAGCCUUGGGAUUGUACAGACGAGGCCCCAGACCUAUGUCGUUGAAGGAGCUAGCCCCGCUUCCACUCGAGGGACGUCCACAAAUUCGACCGGAUACCGCACCCGUGACUCCGAUUUACAGGCCGCGUUGAUGAGAGUCCUAUCUGAUGAGUGUCUUCCGGCAAACGAGCGUUUAGCUAUUACAUCGUUAAUACAGCAUGGCGUUUCUCGCGGCAUGUUUGCACCCAGUUCGUCCAGUAACGGGUGGUUGGUACCAAAUAGUGGCGGUGGUAUCGCCGGCAAUGUGGGUUCCAGGCAGGGACCUCACUACAAUAUCAAGAAAGAAUACUGUUCGUACUGGAUUCGUCAUGGCGAGUGGUGCCUUUACAAACAUGAGAUGCCCGGCGAUCCGGCAAUGCUUGAGAAGCUUGGCCUCCGUGACAUCCCCCGCUGGUACCGUGAGAAGUACGGCAUCCCUAGCCUGCUACCGAAUGGACAUGUUCAUCCUCGUCAUCAAAUCGGCCAUGCUCUGCCACUGACGGACAAUGGCGGUUUCGGAGCGGUCCACAAUCCAUCCCGCCUCGCGACAAAUGUAAUCUCAGACAUUUCUGAUAUUGAGAAGGAGUCUCGGCAGAAGACUCAUUAUGCUAUUCAGCACUCGCCAGUUGCACUUCCUGGUUCGUCGCGGCCUGUCUAUACAACCGCAGGACCGGCCAGGGCUCAGGUUCCUCAGAGGCACGGAGCAAAGAAUUCCUCGAAAAUGGACCUUUUAUCCUUUGACCCUCUGCCAGAAUACCCCAGCUAUACGUCUGUGGAACCUGCGCCCGGGAAGGUACGCACACUGACCGGCUCAAAUGGCACCGCCGCCUUUGCGAAUGUCAAUGACAACGAGCGCGAGGACUUCGUCCGCAGUAUACAAUCUCUGAUGCCGGCUCCAAUGUCCGGGAGCUCGGAGUACCUGCUGGCCGGUAGUUCCCUCUACAAGCCUCGUUCCAAGAAGGCACAAAAAUCCCGCCGGUUGUAUCAGCCCCGGCCUGCUGUCCCGAAGCAGGAAUCCGAACCUGAAGCAGGCGAAGUAGAUGUCUUCAGUGGAACUCAUAGAGGCUAUGGCACUGCUCCGCCGAGCGUUGCAUCUCCUAUUUCCAAGGUUGACCACCCGGGGGCCUUGGCCAGCCCGAACAUCCGGUCUGCCCUAGAUAGCGCGUCCGAGCCGGCUACUCGCGGUGCCUCCCCUUUAACCCAGUCCGGCACUGCAUCUUCGGACUCGAGUCCUGACCAUGUCCGCGACCGACACAAAGAUAAAAAUGAACACAAAGCGACCUUCGGCGCUAUCGGUACCAAGAGAGGUUAUCGUAAGUCGUCUGACGGAUCCUCCGAAGGUGACCUCUUAGGCCUGGGCACCAAGGACGAUGAUUAAAGCCCGGCCGUCCAACCAACCCCGCCGCUUGGGUACUUUUGCACUGCUCAAACCAUUUUCAAGUAAAUAUGAGGCGUAACUAUACAAGGUCUCAAUCCUUUAUGAUAUGAUACACGACACGGAAGGGAACGACUGCUAGUCGAACUAAAUAUACCUAACAACGUUCAUGAGUCCGGCAGGUGUGGUUGGCUCAAGGAUGCCAGGUCAUUAUAUUAUUGCCAUCGGCGUUUAAUUCUCUCUGGCUCUCAUCUGUGCCCAGACCAGAUGUCUCUCCUUUCGUUCUCAGUUUAGGUUGGAAUGGGAGGGAGUGGUCAUCAGGAUACAUACAACAGGCGCAAGGCGCGGCGGACUGUCAGACUUUCACAAUCGAGGUUCUGUGGUGAAGGUUCCGGUGGUCUGCUUUGUCUUCUGUCCUCUGAUUCUUUUUACAUGUGUUAAUUGUGAGUUUCGAUUGCUGUUGUGUUCUCUUCUUUCUGUGUGUUUGUACCAUCUUGCGUUCUCUGUUCCUCUGGUUUUUCCUUCGUUCAAACGGGUAGGUAUGCUGGAUAUUAUAGCAUUUCUCAUGUCUAUAGUAUCAGGUACAUA